UCACAGAUCACUAGACGGCUUUGGUUGCCGCAUUAUACACAGGAAACAGCAAGUGAAAAAAAAUAUAUUACUAAAGUAUUCUUAAAGGCACAGUAACAAAACACACCCUUCUCUUUAACCCAGAUCUUUUGCGUUUGGAGAAGACCAGAGAAAACAAUAUUUAAUUUCAAAGUACUGCUGUAUGACGUCACUUUCCAACACUGGGGUGUCAGAGAAUUAAUUUAAAUUGUUAUGCAUAAAAACAGAUCAUCCGAAUGCUUAUUUGUCCUUCUAAUAUAGGUUAUACACGUGAGUGAAGCAGUGCAAACAAUACACUUGGAAACGGAACUGUUAUUUUAGUCUUAUGAAAAAACGGACUGAAUUCACUGACGGACCAGCGCCUGCGCAGUACUAAGAGGAAAUGGCAUCACGGACUCGUUUAAUUGAACGACCUGCGCUUGCGCACAUCCCAACACAGGAUUAUAUCACAAAUAAACGCAGCGACUACAAAUUAUAUGCCAUGAUAAAGAGUAUGUAUUACAGGGGAGGGGGGGCUGUGGCGAGUACAGUAUAACCGUCUCCCAAAAUGCAGCUUUACCAGUGCCUCAAAGCAAACUUCGCUGAAGACGUAAUCCUCAUGGCAGUUUGUUUGGUUAGCUUGCUAAGAAAGUUUGAAAAAAAAUGCGGUAGCUGGCCCAAUAUUCUUCUGUCAAACUGCGCCGUUUCUCUCAUCAAAACUACCUGAAUUUGGAUGUCUUCAUCGGUUUAGCUGCUGAGUGCCGUUGCCAUGGAGAUUGCCUGUGAGGAGAUGGCGCGUGCAGUUGGUGCUGAACUACAGCGAGAUGAAAUCACAGUUAAUGAAUGCACAGUGACCUUGCGUGUACCAAAGCUGGAGUCCUCCAGUGAGGACGAGGAUGUUUCGGGAGGAUUCGGCGGUGAUGUGUGCUGCAUGUGUAGGGGACGCAUUGCUUUUCUGGACCACCAGCCUGAGCAUCUGAUCAAGCACAAAGAUGAGGCGUAUUGCCACUUCUGCCAGACAAACUUCUCCCUCAUGAACUCGCUGGCCUUGCACCUGAAAACUACCCAUCCCGAGUACCAUAUAUUCUGUAAACGCUGCAAGGUGUACAUGGGGCGACAUCUAACAAAGGAGUGGACUGCAGAAACUGACAAGAUCCCAGAGACCCCAAAAGAGGAACCUCUGGACGAGGAGGUGGAGGAGGUCAUAAUUGAGAACGAGGAGGUGGAAAUAAAGUAUGUGAAGGAGGAAGAGGAGGAGGUUGUUGUUGGAAAGAUGGAGGAAAGAGAAGAAAACAGCAUUACAGCGACUCCAGAGGAUAAAAAGAUGGUCACCAGAACUUUGCAUGAUCACACCUAUUUCUCCACACAAACUUGCAGUUCUAUCAGGGAUACUACAAAUAAUGCUGUUAUGUACACCAGCAGUGAAAAUGUGCUUGUUUUUAUUAAUGAAACGGACACUAGAACAUCCCCUGAAGACUCGUAUAUGAAAAGCGAGCAGCAGGACACCCCAGUGGAUGAUCAGACGGUGUGCAGAGGCGUACGUGAUCAUACUUACUCUUCCAUUCAAAGCCUUAUAAAUCCCAUGCUUCCUGCAAAACAAGUUAUAAACUCCAGCACUGAAAGCAUGGACGUGUUUAAUAAUAAAACAGACACUCCGAUAUCCCCUAAGGACCCAGAAAGUACUGAAAGUGAACAGGAUCGGAUAUGGAAGCAUGAGUUGAUGUGCAGGGGCUUGCUUGAUCAUACUUACUUCUCCAGACAAAUCCUCGCAAAUCACACAGUUCUCUCAAAACAAGUACCUUCACUUAACACUUGCAGGUCAAGUAUACACAACGCCAGCCAAGAAAAAUGCUUGAAAAUCCAAAACCACAGAAAUAAUGUCACUAUGACUGAUCAAGGAACCACUCAGCACUCUAGUGCACCUAUGUUGGAAUCAUCACAGUUGGAGUAUAAUAUUAAGGUGGAGGAUGACCUUUGUGAAUUUAAACCCGUUCAGGAGGAUGUAGUGAAAGGAGAUGAGGAAAGUAUUCGGAGACGUGACCCUGAGGACACUGAUUCUUCACCCACAGAUAACUUGGAAUACACAUCUCAGGAUGACUCUGAUACAAUAUCUUGCACAUCCGCAGACUAUAAUUGUGACACUGUGGAGGAAGAUUGCACAAUCACCAGUUGGAAUGCUUAUCAGAAACAUUGUGAAAUCGCGAACCAGAAAUCACUCGACUCUGUAGAUUCUGUGAAUUCAAAUCCUGCAACCAGUUUGUAUAAAGACUUACAGAUCAGCACUAGCCUUAGCAAAGAUCCAAUCACAGAGAAGUCUAUGAAGCUGUACACAUGCUUGCUGUUUAAAUGUUCUCUGUGUGGAAGUGUGUUCAUCACUGAAGAAAAGUUACUGAACCAUCAAGUAGAGAAGCACCCUUUGGCCAAAUAUGUGUGUGUGAGGUGCCUGAAACUAUUUCCCAAACAGAGUGUCUUCCUACAGCAUGUUUGUAGCAUGUCCAAGGGGUUUCGCAGAGAAUCAUUAUCCCCAUCCAACAACUCAAACAAAACAAAAGAGCCACUGCACACGUUUCUGAAUUUGGUGCCCUCGCCUGCUGCUACAGAGUCUUCUAAGCAACCCCACAGCGGUCAGAGAGUCAACGUUAUUAAUACAGCUAAGAAUCUUGGAACUGUGUCGAAGUCCACAUCACAUUCAUUGCCCAACCCACCCAAUUCAUGCACCCAAAAGGUUCCAGUACAAGUCACGGCCACUAGGUCAAGUUCUGCCGAGAAGAAGAAGGCGCCACAUUUAGUCUUAAAUGAAAACCAAGGACAAGUGAUGACUCCCAUUUCUGCAGUUACUCAGAAUCAAAUUGGACAGGUGCAGGUUUUAAGUCCGUUGCAGGCCAAUGUGGUGACUCAGACCCCUUCUUCUUCUACUUCUACUUUAUCAGCUUCUUCUUCUUUAUCAUCAUCUUCUACUUUAUCAGCUUCUUCCCCUUCUUCUUCUCCUUCCUCUUCUUCUUCUUCUUCUCCUUCAUCUUCUUCCCAGAUCCUCCUUUCUUCCCAGGGCCAAGGACAAAUGACAUCCAUUUCCACAGUUACUCAAAGAAAAAGUGCACGGAUGCAGGAUUUAACUCCAUUGCAGAGCAAAGUGGUGGCCCACACUCCUACAGGCAGUGCAGCAUUGACUAUGAGCGUUGUCUUGCCUCAGAACCCCUCAUCAUUUGGAGUCCACUUACCUCAUCCUUUACUAUCUCAAGCCUGUAGCUCCGAGUCAAUUCCAUCCCAAACAGGCCAACAACCUGAAUCCAGUGUUCCCUUCCUGGAUAUUUGUAGGUCUUCUCCAUCUACUCAGAUCCUUCCUUCAUCCCAGGCGCCUUUAAAAAUAGUGGCCAUGUUUGUGAACCAGAGCAAGGAGCUGGCCCUGCAGAAGCGCAUGCGCCAGAGUUGGCGCGCCAAAGCUGUGUUUUCAUGCCGCCAGUGUGGCGCUGUUUCACGCCAGUUCUCACUGGGUGUGCGCCACCGCUACCAGCACCGUGGGCCACGCCUCCACAGAUGCCAGUGUGGCCGAGCCUUCCAGCAGCGCAUGCACCUGCUGCGCCAUCAGGUUCAGCAUGCUGAGGCCACACGCUAUGUCUGCGCUGCCUGUGGCCAGAUGUUCAGUGGUACGCAGAAGCUGGCCUGCCAUAGGCCCCUAUUCAGGGUCACACCAACAAAUAAGAAAAGAAAUGCAAAAAAAGAGUGCAGGAACAUGUUUCAGUGCUACUGCGGCCUUUCCUUUAUGAGACCUGCUGCCUUAUUGUGGCAUUUGUUAAAAAACUCAAAAACCCGCAAACCACGCUUAAAAGGUGUCAGACUUACUUGAUUUUGCUUGAUUCUUUGCAGUAAAUUACUGUGUAAAUUGCAGUCGCUUAAGUUUCAAAGUGAAAUGGGGUGCUGUUACAUGUGCAGUGCGAGUCACUAAAGACUACUAGAAUGGUUAUAUUUUUCUGCUGUAAAACAAUCCUUAAUGGAGAGGUGGGCAUUAAAAUCCCUGUGAUGUUGGACUGGAUAAUCAUGAGUUGUUGUGAGUCUGAUUAAUGUACACUCAUUAUUACAUGCCAUUUUAUAUAAAACAGAUGCUUUGUGAAUGUUG